AUGAAUCCACCCACACACACUGCUACAUUGAACCUCAACAAGGGUAGUGUUGAACAACAACACCUCAUGAACGAUCAAUCCUUCUGUUCCUUGUUAUGCGAAACGUUCCCUCACUUGAUAAGUCCUGAAGUGGUCUUAUCACCUCCAUGCAGCAAAACAAGCUGCGAAAAACAUCACCAUUCAAACACAACAACAUCCUCUCUUUUAAAGUUAGAUGUUGAGAGCCUUGCCAGAGAGUUGAGAGCAAUGAAUUUCAUGGAAGGCGUCGAAUCGAAUAACGAGUACGACCAAGCAGUCGAUACUGUCAUCUCGUCUUCUCCUCACCAAUUAGCCUCCAACUCUACAUCCACAUGUGGUUGGUCGCAACCAAAGCAGUCUUCUUCUUCUUCACUCUCAAUACCCACAUUGACCGUGACUCCACAAUCCUCUCCCGAACCAGGUUCUUCUUCAUUCAGCAUGAACGACCUAGAUGCCAAUGUGUUAUCCGAGAUAUCUGGGAUCUUGAGCUCUAAACACGGCAGUCCAAGAAGAAGAUCCAAAUCAGACUCAGGAAGAUCUCCACAACCAACCAGCAAAGAUAAAAAAACAAAGAACAGCAAAAGAUCAAACAGUGAAGAUGAUCAUCAAGGAUUACUGGUAUCACCCUCCUUCAUACAGAAGGAAAAAAAGAUGGUGCAAAUGAGAGGUGACAAGUGGUUAAUCCACGUCGAGGACGGAAAGAAGAAGGAAAAGAAACACAAUAACACCAACAGUGAGCUUGUUUUCCACACAGUUCAUUUUGUUGACAGCCACAGAAAGGGUACACCUGAAAAGCAUUGA